AGUUAUGCGCCUUUUUGUGAUACCCCACGCCCAUCGUCACGCCCCCUCUUGGUCAAUCGGCCUGAAAGUUACUCAGCUCAACCUUCGGUCAUGACCAACUUCCAUGCCAAAUUUCAGCCUCCUGGGGCGAAAACUGUGGCCGCUACGGGGUGGGACACUUUUGCGGACUAACCGACCAACCAACCGACCGACCGACUGACCGAGCUAUAGAGCUGCGGUCGCAGCUAAAAAGCAUCGGAGUAUGACAUACAGCAUUUGAGGCAAACUGAAAAAGUCGGCCUGCCAUCCCGAAGCAGCGUUAGCGCAAUUCUUAUGAGUGCUUUCAGUUGAAGCAGCGGAGGGUCGUUUCAGAACCUGUGUGCGGACAGCGCUGUAGUGAAUUCGGCCGAAUACAAAACAAGAGAAAAUAGGUAGGCUACAGUGCUUGUUACAAAACUGUGCCUCUGUUCAGCAUGGCAAUUUUAUGUUAUAACGUGGUGAUAACACAGUACUUUGCAUUCCCGCUGUAGACUACUCGUUUUUAAGGACCCAGCGUUAAACAUUUGGUUACUUACCACCAUAGUGUAGAACAUGUAUGGUUUUAAUGCCAAGCUGGGAACCAGUGUUGGUUUGGGAACCAGGGUACUUGGUUGAAACAAAAACCUGCGUACAUACUGACCCUCCAGGACUGGAAAUGCCCACCCCUGGUGUAAAACUUUAUAUCUUAUUUAAACACCAUAUAUUUCUGGACAUACAUUCCAGCGGUUGGUUGUCACACUUAUAAACAUAAAUAUACCAGCUAAUGAAAAGAUUUCAAGUGCCUAAAAACUGCUGACCAUAUACAACAGCUCAUAAAUACAUGUUUCUCCCAGAUCUGACAAAGCAAUAUCCCUGUAACACAGAGAGCACUGAAAUUACUGAAAACGAGUAUGGUAAAUGUAAAAUUAAGCAACAUCUAUAGUGCCUUAUAUUUAGAAACACUACAGUUAAGACAUGAGUUGACAGGAGGGAGGUGAAAGUUUAUAAAAUACGACAUAAUUUCCAAUGAAAUGGGCGUUGUGUUUCGAACAUUAGCUGUCAAUAUAAAGCAAGUUUGUCUUCAUCACUAGCGAGGUUACACUUCCUUUGUCAAUACGGCUGCUGCCUGCAGAAAGCUCCACACGACAGUCCUAUUUUGAAAGCCUGAACGGAUUCAAUCCAAAUGCAGAUUUCUGUCAUUCUUGACUGUUCUCUUUACAUAUAAAAUCCUGUCCUAUGUAACUCCAGGAGAAUGGAUGGGCAGAUUGUUAGUUAUGCUUCCUAAUCAUUCAGACACUUCGUUGGAGGUUGGAUUGAUCUCGUUUUGUACGCUGGGACUGAGGCUGAAGCAGUGGGCAUGAGGUUGUGCUGCGAGAAGGCGGGUAGUGACACAGACCAGGCUCCGAGGAAACUGCACGAGGCAAACACACAAGUGGACAGUAUAGACGCUCUAAAGUCGGUCAGUAAGUAGCCUAUACGCGCGUGGAAACGAAGCUGCUUAUACGACGAGACACGUAAACUGAAACAUAUCCAUUUCAAAAGUGGAUACCUCCGCGGUUCCCUCCGAAACCGCCCGUUCUAAAUAAACUGAAAAGUGCGAACUUCUGGAUAAUCAUUUGUAAGGGAAUUACCGCACACCAAAAUGGACGUUUGAUGAUUUUUUUUUCUCUCGGCCGAGGCAUCUGCUUUUAGUCAAGGCAAAAAAAUAUAUUAUCCUGUUGGAUUUAAAUGCAGAGGAAUUGACUCUCAGAAUGAUUGUCAUACUCAUUAUUUUAAAGCAUACCACGCAAAUCUAUACUGACGGUGCGCUAUCUAUGUGAAAUUGUGACGAAGUACUGAACAUUGCCACAGCAGUCAGAAGGGAUUAAUUGCUUGAGCGCAUAAAACAGUGGUUUUCCCUGGUUCCUGGCGCGCGAACGGAUUUGUAUUUUAAUGCAACGGCACAAAAAUCAACUAUCGCAACUAUUACACGUGCUGAUGCGCACACUGACUGUGUCGUUGACUCGUUUUAGAGGGUUCACUACGUCCUGUGCUGUCAGCGACAGUGGGUGUCUGUUGUGAAAACGGAGAGUCGCAAACCAGGUGAAAAGGCAUCGCGCUACACAGUUAUACACAGAGGUUUCUGCCAGGGAUCUGUUCUUGGCUGCCAAUAACCCAAGCUCGAGUCGAAUCUCUACAUAUGGGACUCGCUGGACCGUAUGGCGUGCUACUAUCUUGUCAUCAGCUCUACGCACCUCAGCAAUGGCCAUUUCCGAAACAUUAAGGGAGUUUUCAGGGGUCCUCUCUGCAAGACCACCGGGAAUGAAUCGCCGGAUUAUGCAGAGAAAGAGAAAGCUAUAGCCAAGGCUCUGGAAGACCUGAAGGCUAAUUUCUACUGUGAAUUAUGUGACAAACAGUACCACAAGCACCAGGAGUUUGACAACCACAUAAAUUCCUAUGACCACGCUCACAAGCAGAGACUGAAGGAGCUGAAGCAGCGGGAGUUUGCACGGAACGUGGCGUCCAAGACCUGGAAAGAUGAGAGGAAGCAGGAACGCGCUCUCCGCCGCCUCCACCAGCUGGCCGAGCAGAGGCAGCAGUCUGACUGUGGUCCAGGAAGCGGUCCAAAGUUCAGAACCACAACAGUCUCAGCUAAAGCCCAGCAUCAGGAUAAGGUGGUGCCAGAGAUGGACCAUGGCGUCGAACAUCGGCCCAUUCCUGGGGGCGUCUCCAAAGACAUGGCCUACAGGUGCCCACCGGAGCUGCCCACCCACCGAGAGCAGCCCCACAGCCGCAAGAGGCCCUCGCAGUCGGCCUGUGACUACAGCCACCAACGCGUAGGCGUGUCCUUCUGCUUCUCGAGGAAAGCCCAGCUGAAGCUGGAGUCCUCUGCCUCUGUCUUCAGUGAUGGCAUUGAGGAGGCCAGUGACAGGGAGGAGCUCCAGAGACAGAGGGCCAGACAGACGCUGGAGGCCCUCUGGUCCCGUACGCCCUCUCCAGGGGAGCUGGCAGCGGACAGCGGUGAAGAUGAGGAGCACAAAGAGGCAGGAGUUGAGACCGAGCAGCAGGAUGGGCAGAAAGGCACUGAAUCCUGCCAGCACAACGGCAACACCGUAUGUGGAGCAGCAGAUGAACCAGGGCGUCCAGACAUGGCUUCCCACAGCUCUCUUGAUGACAAGUGCUUCGGUGACAUGCCAAGAGAGUCCAACCACAGGCCUGGGCUAGAGGGAGAAUCUAAUGAGAGCAAGAUGAGCUGCUUUUUUGCUCCAAAAGCCAGCAUAUCAACCACAAGUCAAUCAGCUGAGGCAGAUUUGGGCCAAGUCCAAAGACAGGAAUCUAUUUGGCUUCAGCGAGGCAUAGAAACAAUCAGCAGUUCAGAGAAUGUGAGAAUGGAGGAAGGGCGGUUCCCUCUACAGAAAGUCUAUGACGUGGCAGAUGGAAAGCAGGUCAGAAAUCAUGUUUCUUUCUUAAACGUCCUCAGCAAAGAUGGAGAGACAAUGUUGAAGUGGCCCACAGAACUCCUGGUGCACACAAAGUCCAAGCCCAGCAUCUCAUACAGCUGUAAUCCUCUUUAUUUCAAUUUCAAACACUCCAGGAACAAACACAAAUCGAACAAAAGCACACAAGCAGCAGGCCCAGAUCACUCUACUGCGGAUGAUGAUGUGAGGGAGGGUGAAGGCAGAUGGUCAACCCAUGUCCGUCAAGUACGAAAUAAAUUAGGUGCUCCAAAGCCAAAGAGAACCAAAUGUCACAAAGCUAAGAAAACUCGAAAUCUUCAGUCAAAACCUAUUGGUGAGCUGGACACUAGUUGUAUAUACAACACAAAAUCUGGGGGAGCACUUGAAUGCACACACCCAAAUGCACUUCAAAAUAAUAAAUGUGCAAACUUGAAGAGGAACAGAAUCGGCAAGAGAAAAAGGUCUUUAAAGGAUAAUGCCUCCAAUUACAGUGAUGUGGCAGAACGCAGUUUGAAGAGUGUUAUUAGCCCACUUUACACUUUGCUGAGUAAAAAGAAAAGGCGAAAGUCCCUCAUUCUGGUUGCGCCAAACCUUACUGAGGAGUUCUCUCCCUGUUCCUCCCCCUUGGCAGUGAAGGAAGACUAUUUAGCUUAUCACUGGGGUGCAAGGUAUUCCAAAAGAGGACACAGUGCUACUUCCAUCAGUGAGAAGUCCGGUUCCUGCAGUAGUUUCUCUGAUCUGAAUUCAGACAGUGAGGGGGCUUCCUACAGGUGUGAGAGGCACCCACCCUUCUCUGGGUCAAAAUAUAGGCCAUUUCUGAGGAGAGACUCCGGAUGCUCACAGACCCACGGGCAUAAGCCCGGUCAGGGUGGGAUAUGUUCCAGUAGGAGGCCAAUGGAGGAGGGGUCUGCUAGUGAACGAAAGGACACCAGUGCCGAUGGAACCAAAAACCCCCCCAGGGCCUCAGAGUGGUCUAGUGUUGAGACAGAGGGCCUGCGCAGGUGGAGCCGGGAUGGGAAACUGAGCAGGAAACAAGGACUCAUUGGGCAGCACAGCACCAGCUCCUACAAGAGCAGCAGCAGCACCUUUGACAUUAGCUACGAAGGGACCAGUGGCACUGCUAAAAGAGCCCACAGCCUCAGUCGGUCUCGGUCCAGGUCCAGGUCCCGGUCCAGGUCCAGGUACAGGCUCCAUAGGUUCGGCAUGGUGACCACAGACAAUAGGCUUCACGAGACCGAGUCCCAUUCUGUCUCCAGAGACAGGCUCUAUUAUUACAGACCCCCAUCCAUCACAGCUGCAAGGACAGUGAAGGGCAUCAGAGAUCAGACUGUCCUGCAGAGCAUCAGCAAAAAGAGAGCAGGCACUCCUCCAAACAUCAAUGCCUCCCAUCGACCCGAGGAGCGGUUUCCAGGUGACAAAAACUUUUCUGGGAGAAAAAUCAACAGCAGUUUGUCUCUACCGCUGAUAGGGAAGUUUCCCGCUGUCAGAAAAACCGCUAAGAAGGGAGAGAGUAGCAAGAUUCAGAGUAACCUCUGCAAUGGGCAAGGAGGUGUGACCAGCGGCACAGACAGUCUAGGGGGCACAUGCUGCCCUGGACCCCACCCCCUGGCACCUGGAAACUCAGUCCUCCUCCCCCUGUCCUCACAGAGACUAAAAGAAAGACCUGAAGUCAUGAGGACUGACAGGCAUUUGCCACAACCCAGUGGAACAGGUGAACUCAGUCAGUUGCCUGAGGUGUUUUCAUCUGAGGCAAACAUCCUCUCCAUUUAUUCAGCAGAAAGUGAGAAAACAGACACUGCACACCAUCGCCAGGGGCAAGAGUCCUGGAAGUCGGCAUUUGACACCAGUAUGGAUUGCAUAGAGGAGUCCGAAAGCCUGGCAGAGCGGGCACAGAAGUGCUUCUCCCCACCUCUGACAGAGCAGCCAAUCACAUUCACCCCAGAGGAGAUUGACAAAUAUAGGCACCUGCAGCUUCAGGCCCGACAGCACAUGCAGCAGCAGCUGCUCGUGAAGCAGGUGAAGAUGAUCCCAGAGACCCCACUUGAGGAGUCCAGCCUGAGCCCUGCCUCCCAUCCAAACCCCAACCUUAUGCCCACGUUGCAGCCCGUCCCCCUCCAGCAAGCAGGCCCAAGCCUCCAGCACGCACUCCUGCAUCACAGGGCCCUCGCGGCCUUCGCCUCCUCCCUCCACCCACACUCUGCCCAUCAGCGCUUGGCCCACCACCUCCACCCAAUCCCCCAGCCCCACUUCACACCCAUCUCAAUCUCCCACAUGGCAUCGACAGCUGUCCUCCCUGCUCACCCUCCUGCCUUGCUGGCAGGCCACCCACUCCACUUUAUCCCUGCCUCCGCCUUUCACCCUGCCCAUCUGGCCCUUCACCCACUGCCUCCUGGCUCCCUACUCCCGACCUUGCUCGCUCCUGCCACUACCACCUCUACUCUGCACCUCCGCCCCCUCCUCCACCCACUUUUCCCUGGACAGGACUUGCAGCCCCACUCUGGCCCCAACAGUUAGGGGGGGGGGGGGUCUGUGUUCUCCUCAUGAAAUAGGCCCUGGGAUGAACACUUCAUUAGAGAAAUGCAUUGUCUGGCAAUUGACUACCCCUCAAGAAAAUUUUGACAGUUAUGUGGUAUCAAUCGUUUUACUGAGCCAAAGCUUUUUUGUUGUUUAUUUGUGUGUGUGUGUGUGUGUGUGUGUGUGUGUAUGUAUGCGUGUGUGUGUGUGUGUGUGUGUGUGUUUGAGCCAAUUUGUAAAAACUUUGCAAAUUGAGUGCAGCUGCAGGUGUUGGAUCUUGAAAUCCUCAGCUGGCUAUGAUGGUUACAAAUUUACAGAUUUAUUUUGCCUCUACAAAACCAAGUGUAUUAUAAGGCAUAUAAAUGUUUUAUUUAUCAAUUUAUAUCGGUUUGUGAAGAAAAAAAAGGUUUUUAAUCCACGCUGUAUGUCAGACAACACUACAACAACCUUGACUACUGUUCACUUUUUUCGUUUACACAGUUUUAACAUUUUGGUACCUCAAAGGUAUGGAAAAAACUGCAUUAAUGCUAUAGCUAUGGUUCAGGAAACCAUUUCUGAAUUCUGAAGUUUGUAAGAAACAAAUUACAAAACAAAUAGGAAAUAUACUGACAGGGCACGGCAGAAAUGACUUUCCCACAGUUAAUUGGUGUCCUAAAAGUUAGUUAAAAGCCAAGAGCAAGUUGGAUCAUAAAUGCAGCAUGCAAUUUUACUAUUGUCCUGUUAUCUGAAUGUGACAUGUUUGUACUGUAAGUUAUAGGCUGAAGAAAGAUGUAUCAUUUUAUUAGACGGUAUGUAAAAAUUGCAACCUUUUGUAAUGUAAUGUAAAAUACUGUUGAGCAGUCAGCAAGUCUAAAUACUGAUUUAAACACAGAUAUGCUGCUUUUUAGGGACUCCCACAUAGGGGAAUGUAGUAAAAUGCAAUAAUAUUUUUCAAUAUUUAAAGUACAAGACCUUGAAUUGUAUUUAUGUACUGUACUUUGUAAUAUAAAUAAAAAUGGUGAGGUGCACAAUA